AUGUAUGGCUUUUUGCCAAGGAUGUCGACUCAGGGAAUGUCAGUACUUUUAGCGAAGACUGGGACUGUGUCUGGCAAGGUGAGGCAGGAUCAUAUCAUCGGCAAAUCCGCGUCACGGCAUUGGCCACCUAUGCAGCAGCCUUACAUAUUCGGGGCGGUCGGUGCUGCAGAUCAAAUCGCCCGGUUCGGUAUAGCAGAGAAGCAAUUCUCUAUGUACUGGCGUGGCCAUGUGCCAAACACUCCUCCUAUUCCGGCCACCAUCAUGCUGGCACGAUCUGUAGGCUUGGCAUUUCGAGAUGACACCAUCGAGUCAGUCUUAGUCGCAAAAUACCUGGUGACCAGCGGCUCAAGUGACGUCAGCAAACGAGAGGGGCUCUUCAGAACACAUGGACGCCACAAGCGAGACAACAAGGUCUCUGCUGGGUGUGUCGUGCAAGGUAGACGUUCUGGUUUGCGCCCAGAACAGGAGCUUCGGUGGAGCAUCGCGGAUCUCCCUAUGCCCCAAAAGUUUGAUGCAUGCAAGAAAUUUUCUGCUGGUCAAUCGCCCAGCAAGAAUAAGCCAGGUCGUAGCUCCGUACCUGGGCGUCAAAUUCUGAUUCGGCGCGUGAUUUGA